GAGCUGCAGACGGGCUAUCCUUGCCUACUGUACUACAGAGAUUACAGACACCGGAGAUUCUCUGCCUGAAGCAACUUUGAAGGAUCAGCAGGAUCACCAUGAAGCCCCUUAUUUUGCUGGCUCUUCUGUGCCACUCCACCCAGCGUGCGCUGAGCUCAGAAGAAGACAUAGAUUUGGAAUGGCAGGCGUGGAAGAGAAGCUUUGGAGUUUCCUACGUCGAGAAGAGUGAUGAAGGUCAGAGGAAAGCCAUUUGGGAAGAUAACAUGAAGCUAAUUGAAGAGCACAACCAGAACUACCUGAAAGGCGAUAAGAAAUUUAAACUGGCCAUGAACAAAUAUGGAGACCUUACCAAAGAAGAGUACAAGAUCCUGCAGGGCACAAACAUUUACAACAAACCAAGGAAGGUUGGUAAGAAGGAUUCUGCCCUCAAGCUCCGUGUUGCAGCUAAGAGACUCAAUGCUGUUAGAGUCGACUACAGAACCAUGGGCUACGUCACUCGUGUUAAGGACCAGGGUUUCUGUGGCUCCUGCUGGGCCUUCAGCACCACAGGGGCUAUCGAGGGCCAGCUGUUCAAGAGGACCGGCCAGCUGGUGUCCCUGAGUGAGCAGAACCUGCUGGACUGCUCGCGCUCCUAUGGCACCUACGGCUGCAACGGAGCCUGGAUGGCCAAUGCCUACGACUACGUAGUGAAACACGGGCUGCAGUCUGAAGCCACCUACCCCUACACAUCGCUGGAUAACCAGCCUUGUUCCUAUGACAAAAGAAAGUCAGUUGUUAAAAUCAAGGACUACAAAUUUAUUCCUGCUGGAGACGAACAGGCUCUGGCUGAUGCCGUAGCAACCAUUGGGCCAAUCACAGUCGCUGUGGACGCAGACAAUCCCAGUUUCAUGUUCUACAACUCAGAGCGAGUCCUGGAGGAAGUUCCCCUUUGA